AUGAGUGAUAUUUAUACGGAGUUCAGCGAGAGUGUCUUCUCGGAGAGACAUGGACAGCACCAGUACCUGAAGAUGGCCCAUGCCAACAUGUAUGGGAAUGGUGGUGCAUCUGAGGUGCAGAAUGUGGAGAUCCAGCCCGAGGCCGAUGACUACGAGGCCCGGAUCAAAGAAAUUGAGGAGUACUACUUGAAGACUUUGUUGAACGAAGAACCUUCGAAGAGGAACUCCGGGUAUGUUGGUGCGUCUGGGAUCAAGAGCGUGCCCUCCUUAGAGCUCGACGACCAGGCCAACCCAAGCAGCAGCUCUAGUGAUGUUAGUAUACAGGAUAUAUCUACAUCACCAGGCAUGAUGUACUCGAAAUUUAACACACAUCUGGUCGGUAACAGUCCUGCAGUGUAUGGUGCAGCAGCUAACAAUGCCCUGUUUAACAACCUGAACAGCCUGAACGAAUCUCAAUAUAUUUAUGGUAAGUCUAUAAACAAUGAGAGUUUAUACUUCAGGCAACAACAGCAAUUACAGCAACAGCAACAGCAGCAACAACAGCAGCAGCAACUAUUGCAACAACAGCAGCUACAGCAGCAACUGCAACUUCAACAGCAGCAGCCAACAUUCCUUGAUAGCAAUGUACAGACAAACUAUGCUAACCAGGAAUUCGUGAACUCACAGGCCAAUGUAACACCAUUGAACUACACUAAUAUCUUUAACAAUGAAAUCUCUGCAAAGCCUGCCAAGACACAUAAAAUCAACCCAUUUUUGCAAGACAAGCAAGUUUCACGUAAGUCUAACCUAGAAGUUGACAUAAAGCAUCAUUACCAGGCUAAUGCGCUUCCACUAACUUCCGAAAAUCUACAGAAGAUGCAGGACCUGAGUAUUGACGACAUGCCUAUUGAAAGUAUAAACCGCAAGAAGUUCCACAUCCAAAAAACUACUGUGGACCCUACUAAGCAGAUCAACAGCGAGCCUAAGGUGAAAGAGCAUCAGCAACAACAACAACAACAACAGAUUAAUAAGGGUUUGUACAAGACAGAAUUAUGUGAGACUUUUACCACCAAGGGCUUCUGUAAGUAUGGGAACAAGUGUCAAUUUGCUCAUGGCCUUCAAGAACUGAAAUUGAAAAAGACCUCAAAUAAUUUCAGAACAAAGCCAUGCAUUAACUGGGAUAAGCUUGGUUACUGCCCAUACGGUAAGAGAUGUUGCUUCAAACAUGGUGACGACAGAGAUAUUCAAAUUUAUAAAAAAGCAGGCACCUAUACUGCAAACCCUGAUGGAAGUGAUGCAUCAGAAAGAAAAUUAACAGAAGUACAGAUAAAGCAGAAAAACUUACAUGCAAACAUUAAGAAACUUCAAAAGAUGACCUGGUAA